AUGAUACUGGAAGAAGUACCGAAUCCCCCUGGUGCAGUCAGGAAUUCUGAAGUUGGAGGUCGCUUCCAGAAAAUCCGGUUGAUAGCUAAUUUGCGUAAGAAUUUCGCAUUCACGGUCGAGCUUCUUCCGGGUUUUUCUGAUCGCGACUCGCGCGAAACUCGUGUCGGUCGUUGUUUUAAACCAACACCGGCGAUCCUCGCCUAG